AUGCCCAUUAGGCUGAAUAUUCAGGUUCAAGAGAUGCUACAAAGCAUCCAGUUCUAUGAAGCUGCUUUCACGCUUUUCUCCACCGUGGACAGAAACGGGAGUGUUGCAGGAUUUCUACACCUGUGGAGGAUCCCGAUGAGCCUCCAGCCAAAAAGAGAAGAACAGUUACUUGGGCAGCAGGCCGGCGCGGGGCCUAUAUUCGAACGGCUGCUGGGGGCCCUUGGCGUCGUCCUCGCCACCGCUGCCCACCGCCCCGCGCCGCCCAAAGGCCUCGUUGCCCUUCAAGAGGCCACCCCCGAGUCCAUCUUUUCUGGGCCUCCAGCUAAAAGACCAAGAUGGUGUAUGGAAGAAGGAGGAACACUACGGAUAGUUACUGAUGCCUUACGCUCACUGUCCCUUUGUGACAAGACAAUUCCGCGUCUGAGGGGCUCCCCACCAGCAGAACAAUCUCUGGAACAGGACGGAGAGGUGAAACAAGCUGUUGCAGUUGCAGGGGAACAGCGUGGAGCUCAGAUCGCAGAAGGUGUGUUAUGCCAAGUACCUCUGGCACCCGCCGAGGCCAAAAAGUCACCUGCCCUUGCCGUGAAAGGAAAGAAAGUCAUAAGGCUGAGAAGAAUAGGAAAAGACUUUACUCCGCUCACAGAGGCCAUGGAGAGAGAGGUCGUUGCCGCAUUAGGCAAAGGUGAGCCAGAGGAUAUCAUGAGCAGUGCCUUCAACCUAAAGGUGACUCGUGAGGACAUCCACACCCUAAGGAACGGUUGCUGGCUAAACGAUGAGGUCAUUAAUUUCUACAUGGGUCUUGUGAUGGAGAGAAGUAAGAAGGCAGGAUAUCCAUCAGUCCACGCUUUUAGUUCCUUGUUUUAUGAAAAACUAGCUUCUGGGGGCUACAGGACAGUAAGAAGAUUGACCAGACGCGUGGAUGUCUUCCAGAAGGACAUCAUCUUUGUGCCCAUUAACUUGAGCUUGCACUGGGCACUAGCGGUCAUAGACACCAGAAAGAAGACCGUCAAAUACUUUGACUCCCUGGGACAAGGAGGGGACAAGAUUUGUGAGACUUUGCUCAAAUACCUGCAAGAGGAGAGCCGUGAAAAAAGAAACAUGGAGCUGAAUGUUUCAGAGUGGACUGUUCACAGCAUGGAGCCACACGAAAUCCCUCAGCAAUCAAACGGAAGCGACUGCGGCGUUUUCACCUGCAAAUACGCAGAUUACAUCUCGAGAGAGAAACCGCUGACCUUUACACAGAUCCACAUGCCUUAUUUCCGCGAGAGGAUGGUCUGGGAAAUACUCCAUCAAGAGCUGCUGUGAGGCAUGCGCUACCAGAGUAACACUGUCAUCACCUUUGGGUGACUACCUCUUCUUUUAGUUACUUUUCUACUACCUCAUUUGAAAUAGCAGCAGGCACACAAGUUUUUCUCUUUAGGUUAAGUAGUAGUGGUUAAGAUUGUUAUUUCC